UGCGCAUCAAAGUAGUUGUCCUUUACUACUUCCGGGUUAGCAUAGAGUCUGAAAAUGGAUGCCAAGAGGAAAGAAGAAGAUGAAGAUAGGUUAGAUUUGAUGGACCUUGCAGAAUAUGCCAAGAGACAGAGAUGGUGGAAUAAAGUGUUUGGACAAAAUUCUGGACCAAUUGCAGAAAAAUACUCUGUAGCAACUCAGCUAGCAAUUGGAGGAGUUACUGGCUGGUGUGCUGGAUACCUCUUUAAGAAAGUUGGAAAACUCGCAGCAUCUGCAGUAGGAGGAGGAUUCUUUUUGCUUCAGAUUGCAAAUCACACAGGAUAUAUUAAGGUUGACUGGAAGAGAGUGGAACAAGAUGUAAAUAAAGCGAAGAAGCAGUUUAAAAUAAACACAGAAAAGCCUCCAGAGGAAGCAAAAACUAAAAUGCGUGAGGUAACUACAUUUGUGAAGAAGAACAUCGUACUGACUGGAGGGUUUGCUGGUGGCUUUUUGAUUGGACUUGCAUCAUAAGUUGGGUUUUUCUUUGUUCUUUUUUUUUUUUUAAUAAACCCAGACGAUUUUAUAUGCAAAUGCUGUCAGUUACAGGUGGAAACACCAUUGUCUCUGGGCAUUGUAAAAGCACUAUCUGAAUUUUGUCUCAAAAUCGUUCUUAUGUUUAGUACACACAAAUAAACUGGGGUGUUUUCUGUGAGUGGGCUUUGAAAAGAAUUCAGUGUAUGAUAUUUCAAAAAUGCUUGCAGCACCUUUCUGUAUUGACUUGUUUAUUACACUAAUGCUUUACAAUUAAGUAUACUGUUUAAGGAACUAUUACUUUUAGAAAAUAGCUGUUGUAUCCUAUAAUACUGACAUUUUUCAGAUUAUGCUUGAACAUAAACCACUGAAUGCUGAAAAUUAUAUGUGGUACUGAAGUGGUGUAGUAUAAAUUAUGAUUAUGCAGUGACCCAGUGGUUAAUUAAGAGAAAAUGAAAGUGAAAAUGAGACAAAAUUGAAAACAAUCUAGACUACCUAGUUAAUUCAGGGAACUCAUUUGUUAGGAGAAUCCUAUGAUAUGAUAAAACGUCACUGUGUGUACAGGACUUGCAUCUUUUGAAAUGACACACUUUCUGGUAAAAUAAGCAAAAGAAUGUGUGUAUGAGAGGAACUGUUACUGUUAAAGGACAACUUUAAAAAAAUCUGGAUUUAAUUUUAUAGUAUUUAUUCUGUGUUAUGCCAAAUGUGUAGUUGAUUAUAUUUAUAUGAGAGUUCCCACUAUAAACUAGCCACAGUAUUUAAAUUUUAACCGUUUUCCUUUUUUCUUGUGACUUUUGUUAUAUUUGCAGGAAAAUGUCAAAUAAAAAGUCAUAAACAAGCAAAUCUGUUAAAUUUUUAUGAAUAGUACUUAUUAAAAAUGAACAACAAGUCCUUUAAGAUUUUGAUUUUUCUGUUUACAAACAUGCUGCAGGGAGUAAUGUGUUGUGGACAGUGUAAUGCAAAUACAAAGUGAAAGGUUCUAGUUCUGUAACAAAGUUGUUUUACCUGCUUAAUUGUGUUAUGGUUACAUUUUUUGUACUUUUCACUUUUUUGCCAAAGUAAGUUAUUGUGCUGGUCAUUAUAGUAAGACACAAUUGUAAUGUUAAAAAAUGAUAAUAGUAAGGAUUUAAAUAAAUCCAAAAAGAUUUUA